CUUCAUCGCAUUUUCUCAAAUUGAUCAAAAUCUGGUUCACUCUACGCCGGUCAUCUCUAGUCGCAAGACUGGUGUCUCAACAUCUACAAGGAAUAUAAUACUGAUUGAAUAUUGUGGAAACUCUGGACCCUCAUCUCCACUUGGACAUCGUUUUCGUAAACAGCCAAAUAGACGCGCAACAAUAUGGCACCAAAGCCGGCAGGGACGCUUGAGAAGAAGGAAGCGAACGACCUGGAUAUUGGGGAUCGCAAACGCAAGCAGACGACCAGUCGAGCACCCAGAAGAGCUGCUACUAAAAGCAAAUAUUUCGAGCCUGAUCCCGAGAAUGAAUCCGAAGUAGAAGAUGGAUCGUCCAGUGCUGUCGUAGAAUCUGAAGAUGAUUCCGAUAUCUCUUCAGAGGAAUUUUCAGAUACCUCGCAGCGUCCGCAGAAGCGAAGAGCACCUGCGUCGUCGAAAGUCACGGACACCGCUCCGAUUACAGGCAGCAAAGGGAAGGAGCUCUGGCGUCAAGGUGUCAACACUGGACUUGCUCCUGGAACUCAGAUUAUCAUCAAGAGGCCAAAGCCCAGGACUGCAGGCAACACUCCUUACGCCGAUAACACGAUCCACCCUAACACCAUGCUAUUUCUCAAGGAUCUCAAAGCCAACAAUGACCGAGAGUGGCUCAAGAUGUACGAUGCCGACUACCGCUCGAGCUUGAAAGACUGGAACUCGUUCGUGGAAGUAUUGACCGAGGAGCUCACCAAGAUCGAUGACACCAUUCCUGAACUGCCCCUCAAGGAUGUGGUCUUCCGCAUCUAUAGGGACAUACGAUUCAGCAAAGAUCCUACACCUUACAAACCAUAUUUCUCCGCCGCCUGGAGUCGAACGGGCCGUAAAGGACCAUAUGCUGCCUACUAUGUGCAGAUUAGCCCAGGCGAAAGUUUCGUUGGUGGAGGCUACUGGUCUCCAGAUGCAAGAGCUCUAGCAGCACUCCGUAACACCAUCGACCACAAUCCGCAGCGGCUCAAGGACGUGUUGAUGAAUGACACGAUGCGAGCUGAAUUCCUGUCCGGUUCUUCGUCGAAAUCGGCUGUGAAAGCGUUUGUCAAGACGAAUGCGGAAACUGCAUUGAAGACCAAGCCAAAGGGAUACGACGCUGGUCAUCCGGACAUCGACCUCCUACGUCUCAGACGCUUUACCGUCGGCACCAAGUUGAUGGAUGCUGAAAUCCUCGACACGCAAGUCCUGCGCCGGAUCACGGCUCUGCUCUCCGCGUUGCACCCUUUUGUCGCUUGCUUGAACCGCAUCGUUCUCCCCGAUCCGAGUGAGGAGGAGGAGGAGGAUGAUGAUGAAGACGACAGCGAGGACGAAGCCGAAGAUGGAGAAGACGAAGGCUCAGAGGCAGAGAGCUCGGAUGCUUAGGGAUAGCAGAGUGCAAAGGCGACUGGAGUGGGAGUCAGAGAGAUGCCGUUGAAACGGG